AUGGAUAACAAAGAGCUGGGCCCCGACGUCCCUCAAGCGUCUCACGACGAGAAGCAUGCCCUUGAUGGAGCUCAUAGCGACAUUCCUCACGCCAGUGGAGGUCGACGUGGCUCAACUGCUCUCAAUAUCGUUGAGAACCCGUUGCAGCGCGUAACACCUGAACAAGCCGCCCACGAUGGUCGCAUUUUCGCUCAGAACCACGGCAUGCCCGAACACGCAGAACUCUUCGGUCGCGCUGCUCUCGUAGCCCGUGACCAAGGACGAUUCAACAUGGUCAAAGAACUCCAAGAAGACGAGCGACAAGCCCUCGAGUACGAGAGAGACCACAAGUGGCACGGCCCAAAGAUGCUCUGGUACUCUAUCUCUCUUUGCGCCAUCGGCGCCGCCACCCAGGGCUGGGAUCAGACCGGUUCCAACGGUGCCAACCUCUCGUUUCCUAAAGAAUUUGGUCUCGAUGAGAAAAACAGUAUUCGGGAUCAAUGGAUCGUCGGUCUUGUCAAUUCCAUCAUCUUUCUUACUGCUGGUCUCAUUGGCGCAUUCAUCGUUGACCCCCUCAAUCAUUACUUCGGUCGUCGAGGUGAAAUCUUCAUUACCGCAUGCUGUCUUACUGCCACGCCUAUCGCCUCCGGCUUCACCCACUCAUGGCAAACACUUUUCGCCGUGCGCUUCGUCAUGGGAAUUGGUAUUGGUGCCAAAAACGCUACCGUCCCUAUCUACUCAGCUGAGAUGGCUCCCGCACGCAUUCGUGGUGCCCUCGUCAUGUUCUGGCAGCUGUGGGUCGUCGUCGGAAUCUUCCUCGGCUUCUGUGCCAAUGUCAUCGUCAAGGACACUGGCCGAAUCGCGUGGCGUCUGCAGCUCGGCUCUGCCUUUAUCCCCUCCUUCCUUCUCGGUCUUGGUAUCUGGUUCUGUCCAGAGUCGCCUCGUUGGCUCAUGAAGCACGGCAAGCAUGCCAAGGGUUUCCGAUCGAUGCAAAAGCUGCGAGCGCACGACAUUAUCGCCGCGAGGGACUUUUACUAUUCUUGGGUUAUCUACGAGGAGGAAUUAACUGUUGCAAGGGGCGCUGGAUAUUUCCAGCGUUUGUGGGACUGCUUUGCUGUGCCACGAAUUAGACGCGCCAACUAUGGUGCUUCGACUGUCAUGAUUGCGCAGCAGAUGUGCGGUAUCAAUAUUAUUUCCUUCUACAGUUCUACCAUUUUCGUCAAUGCUGGCUACACCGAAGUCCAAGCCCUGUAUGCUUCACUAGGAUACGGUGCUAUUCAAGUCAUUGCAACAAUCCCGACGUUGUUUCUCAUCGACACCAAGGGACGCAGAACGCUAUGUCUCAUCACCUUCCCGUUCAUGUGUGUCUUCUUGCUCGCUGCUGGUCUGUCUCUCCUCAAUCAUAGUGGCAGCCGAGGUGCGCAGAUUGGACCCGUUGUUCUGUUCGUCUACCUCUUCACAAUCGCCUACUCCCUGGGUGAAGGUCCUGUCGCCUUUCAAUACUCUGCCGAAGUAUUCCCUACUAUCCAGCGUGAGCAGGGUAUGGCCUGGGCUGUCUGCAUCAACAACACCUUUGCUGGUAUUCUCGGUCUCACCUUCCCUCGAAUGACUGCUGCCAUGACACCCACUGGAGCCUUCGGCUUCUACGCAGGACUGAACCUGAUCGCGUGGGGCAUGAUCUUUUGCUUUGUCCGUGAAACCAAGCAGCUCACGCUUGAGGAACUUGACCAGGUCUUUUCUGUUCCGACAAGCCAGUUCAUCUCUUACGAGACCAAGGUGUGGCUGCCAUACUUUAUCAAGCGCCACAUCCUCCGCAAGAAGAUUGAGAAGCCCCCAAGAAUCAUUGAGCGAGCUGAUAAGUCCAAUGACUCUGCUUGA